AUGAAGUACAUUGCCGGUCUACUUUUGAUGAUUGUUGUGACGGCCGCGUACGAUGACAUGCAAGAUGACCACGUUGUAAACCUCGCCAGGAACAAGGAGGCGAUGCAUCAGUUCUGGGGGUGCCUGACCAACAAAAACAAAUGUGAUGAGUUUGGACAGAACGCUAAAAAGCACGUCAUCGAAUCACUGAAAGACAGCUGUAGAGAAUGCGAUGCGACUCAGAAGCACUAUGGCCACAUCUUAAUAAGCACCCUCAAAGAUUACCCCGAGCUCUACGAGGCUUUUGAGAAAAUGUACGACCCCGACAGAACGCUGCUGAACAAACUAGACGAUACCAUCAAGAAGUACGCUAAAAUGAAAGGUGUCCUCGAAUUUAUCUUGCUGGCGGCAUGUCUGACAACAGCUUCCGCUUAUAAGGAUAUCGAUGACAACUACGAUUUCGAAACAGUUCUGAAGAAUGUAACACGACUCACUGAGUUCAUUGGCUGUUUCCUCGACAAGAACCCAUGUUCAGACGUAGAGCAGCAUAUCAAAAGUUUUAUUGCUGACUGCGAUGACAUACAACGGCACUACGCGCGGGCUGUGGACGAGGUCAUGAAAGAGAAGUAUCCAGAAGAUUACGAGAAGUACAAAAAGAAGUACGAUCCAGAAGGAAACCAUUACAACUUAUUCCUGAAGGCCUUAGCGAAAUAUUAG